AUGGCUUUUUCAUCUUUAGCGGACGAGUUAGAAGAGGAUCUCGAAGAUGAUCAUCUGCAUUCUGAUUUUGGUCCUGGCAUUGGUAUUGGACAAUCCCUGGCAGCUGAAUUCGGACUAGAGUAUACCCUCAAUGAGGGAGAAGAAGGGGUUGAUCAUGUACAAGGAAGUCUUGACCCUGAAUCACAACAUCAAACAACACCUCCAAACCAGUUUCAGAACUUGCCUUUGCCGUCGCUACAUACGCCCACUCAUCAAAACAGUAAAAAGAGAAAUGGAAAAUCAUCAAAUUCUUAUUCACCUACCAUAUCAGAUGAUAUCUCGCCUGACAGAGGAAUAGAUUCGGACUUAGAAUUGGAGAGUGAAUUGAAUGACAGACAUUCUUUCUCGCCUCCCGAUCAUCGUGAUCACCAUCGAGAUCAUAACUUAGACGAAGUGGACGGGAACAAUCCAUGGGAGGGAUACACCAUAAAUCCCGUACGGAAUGAGAAUACCCACAAUCAGUCAUCGUCAAUCUCACUUGGUCAAAUCAGAAAAGACCAACUACAAGAACUGAAUCCAUUGAUUGUCCUUUCUGAGACCUUAGCUCUCAAUUCGAGGUUCUUAAGCUCACUCAAACAGCUUGAUCAUUCGUCAGGUGAUAGUAUGAAUUAUCAUCAUGGAUAUGGAUCGAUUGAAGACAGAUUGCAUAAGCACCUUGAUAGGAUGUUGGACAUUGAGAGACGUCGAGACGAAUCGAUGAGGGAAUUAGGGGUGAUGAAUAGGGAAGCUGGUGGUAGUGGAAUAGGAAUCGGGAAGACUACUGGGGGUUUUGACCACAAUGUGAUUCUUGAAGAAGACGACGAUGACGAAGACGAAGACGAAGAAGACGAAAUAUCGAAAAUUGGAUGGACAGGUGAAUUAGAUAUGAUAGCAACAAACGAAUUCAAUUAUCCGUCCAAUGGUUCUAUCAAUAUCGAUAAAGAUAAAUACGACAGGGUAGAAACCGCCUAUUUCGAUUCAUGGGAUGGCUCAUUUACUCAUCAACACUGUGUAUUACCUUCUUAUCCUUCCAACAACUCGACGUCGUUAGCGACUUUAACACCUUCUACUUCUACGACUUCAGCAACGCCUACAGGGAUACCGUUAUUACCGCGAUUGAUACAUCUUGUUCAAUCAGAUACAACAUCGCUCUUGAUCAGCUUACAACACCUGUCAGAUAGUCUACACACUUCUUCUUCAUUGAAUACAUCUCUUACAAGACAGAUAAGAGGGAUUCGAUCUUCGGUGGAGUCAUGGAGAGAAAGGGAAACGAUAGAAGAUGAAGCGAGGAAGAAAAUUGAAGAAUGGGAGGAAAGUAGAGUAAGGGAUGGAUUAAAAGGUCAGAACAUGAAAGACAAGUUGCAUAUAGAAUGUUUCGAAUUCGAAAAGAAUCUGGAAGCUUGGUAUAAACGAUUAGAAGCAUGUAAGAGAUCAUUGAGUACGGAGAUUAGAUAA